CUGCUCCGACCUGCGGGACCCGUGGCGGCAUGGCUUCGGUGUCUUCUGCGGCCCGGAACCUGCUGCAGUUCCUGCGGCUGGUGGGGCAGCUCAAGAGAGUCCCCCGGACUGGCUGGGUAUACAGAAAUGUUGAGAGGCCAGAGAGUGUAUCAGAUCACAUGUACAGGAUGGCAGUUAUGGCUCUGGUCACCAAAGACGAACAUCUUAACAAAGACCGAUGUGUACGCCUAGCCCUGGUUCACGAUAUGGCAGAAUGCAUCGUUGGGGACAUAGCACCAGCAGAUAACAUCCCCAAAGAAGAAAAACAUAGGCGAGAAGAGGAAGCUAUGAAACAGCUAACCCAGCUCCUCCCAGAGGAUCUCAGAAAGGAACUUUAUGAACUUUGGGAAGAGUAUGAGACCCAGUCAAGUGCAGAAGCCAGGUUUGUGAAGCAGCUGGACCAAUGUGAGAUGAUUCUUCAGGCCUCCGAGUAUGAGAACCUGGAGAGCAAACCUGGGAGGCUGCAGGACUUCUAUGAUUCCACAGCAGGAAAAUUCAGUCACCCUGAGAUAGUCCAGCUUGUUUCUGAACUUGAGGCAGAAAGAAACGCCAACAUAGCAGCUCCCACCAGUGAGCCGAGCUCCUGACGAGUCCUCUGUUGCUUCACUCCUGUAACAGACAUUGUGUUUUGCCCUUUCGUGGUGUUGUAUUUUGCCACUGUUGCUGUGUUGAUUCCCCGGAUGUGAGUCUGUUUAUUUUCCAUUGCCUGAACUCCGGUAAGAAACGUGUGAUAGAAUCUGGAUAAUAAAAGAAGCUAAGGAACAGGAUGUGGUCCUGAAAAUGCCCUGGAUGAAGGCUGGGGGCAGUGGGGGGAGCUUUGUAUGAACUAAAUAAAUAAAUUUUUGAAACCUUAA